UCGGCGAAGCAAACAGUCGUUGCCUUCGUCUCCGAGGGAAAGACACAACACUCCGCGCAGACGCAUCUCGAUUCUCGACCUCCACCACGAGGAUGGGUCGGGGACGUCGUAGGGCAAUGUUGCAGCUACUGCUGCUGUCUCUUCUUGCCUUCUUGUGCGAGAUUGCAGAGGGAAGCCACCCCUGUGACGGCAUCAGUAAUAACUACAAUGACUGGAUUGGCAGCGCCCGGAACGUGGACGUGGUUGUCGUGGGCGGUGGCAUCGCCGGACUAUCCGCCAUGAAGACGUUUAUGGAGAACCAGGUCCCAAAUGCUGUGCUUCUCGAGGCCCAGGAUUAUUUGGGAGGGCGGGUCAAGACCUACAGGGAAGGCUCCAUUUUGGUCGAGGACGGAGCCGAGUGGAUCAACGGCGGGAGCAGUAAUCGGCUGUAUGGACUCGCCGAAAGGCUUGGAGCGCUCACCCAGCCUCUCCCGGACGCAGAGUACGACUGGCGACUGAAAACGUCGAACGGGAACGACGCCAACGAGGCUGGAUACGACGUCGCCGUGGAAAUAUUCAACGAGUGCGAGGAGGAUUCCGUCCUCAGACAGUACCGCAACACCGGUUACGGACAGUGUUACUCGGAGAGGUUCGACAAACGGUACAAUAAUGGCUUAACCUCCCCGACGGAAAAAAGCGCCUGGAAACACUACCUUCAAAUGUGGGUGCUAAAAGACACGGGUACCAACACCUGGCUGGACCAAUCCGGAAGAGACGCCGAUCGUUUUACUGACUGGGGUGAUGAUCGCUGGAACCAGUGGCGCCAGGGCUUCGAUGCUCUCACGGAACAUCUCAAAGAGUCCAUCCCGACCGACGCGCUCAAGACUUCCUCCCCCGUGUGUAAAGUUUUCUGGGACAAGGACCCAGACGGAAAGGCCCUCGUGGUGACAGCGACCAGGGAGUCCUACUUGGCCUACUACGUCCUCGUCACGGCCUCCGUCGGGCACCUGAAGGAGAGACACUUGCAGCUGUUCGAUCCUCCCCUCCCGGCUGGUUACCAAAGUAACCUGAAUAGGAUCGAGCUUGGCGUAGCAGACAAGGUCCAACUUGGCUGGCAGGAGCCGUGGUGGGAUAAGGCUCAGUCGAGGCCCCUGGACCUACACAUCAUCUUCAACAAGUUUGAACUUCCUUCUGAAAAGUCGUGGCUGUACGGCAUCAUGGAGUUUCUGAGCAUCCAUCAGCAGACGAAAAUGAUACAGGCGUUUGUGACGGGAGACAAGGCGCGGCAAAUGGAGAAUUUGUCGAGUGAUGUUGUCAAACAGCAUCUUCUCGAGCACCUCCGUCGAGUCACUAAGCAAGAUGUUCCUGAGCCUACCUUUUUCAGGAGGAGCAAGUGGGGACAGAACAUCUGGAUGAGAGGUUCCUACAAUUCUUACAUUCCAGUCCAAGGAGACAAAGCAGGUCUGAGGUCCAGAGCACCCUUGGCUCAACCAAUCACCAAUUCGAAAAACGGCAAAGUCAUCCACUGGGCAGGAGAACACACCAGCGAUACACGGUACGGUACCGUGGACGGUGCAAUGGACAGCGGGGAGACGGCAGCCUUUGCAAUUAUCGACGACAUGGACAGUCUAGCCUAGAUCUUGAAUUCUUUUUCGGAGCGAGGCUGAGAAUCCCCUUGUCUAGUCUUGGCAGGAAAAAUUUAACAUCGGGGGAAAAAUUAACAUUGAUGAUAAAUUCACAUUAGACCGACACGGUAGGGGGAAAUUAACAUCGGUGGGGGGUGGGGUAGCAAUUAACAUUCGAGGUAACAUAUGAAAAUUGUUAACACUGGAGGAACAUCAACAGCUAAGGUAAGAAAUUAGCAUUGAAAAAGUUUAACCAAAUUAGAAAAAUUAACAUUAAAAUAUCAACAGGAUGGAAAUAUAGAAUUCUGAUUGAAACAUUAUCAUCAUAGGAAAAAUUUAGCGUAAGAAAACUUCAACAUCAAAAGGUAUAAAUCAACACUGAUAUUGAAUUUAAUAAAAUGGGAAUAUUGAAUCUAAUAAACAUGGGAGUAUUGAAUUUAAUAAACAUGGGAAAAUUAACAUUGAGUAAAAUCUCACUAUUGUUUCGACAACCUCACAUCAUUGACCAAUGAUUCCCAAUAUUCUCUAAUAAUAUUUUAUUGGAAAUUUUACUUUAUAGCCUUUUAGAACAAAUCUUCAGCAUAUCACUGAUGCAUUAAAUUGUAAAUUGG